UAAAACCGACUCGACUUUUCGCUUUCUUGCCUGGUCCCUUGUAAAACCGCGUGAAACUCAAUUGGCUGAAAAUUGAUAUGAGCGGGACAGUGCAAAUCCUAAUAGGAUCAGCGGAAGCCCGUGUUCUCCCCUAGCACGAAUCACUCACUUCUUAGGCGCAGUGCAAUAUACGUCCAUUCCCCCCUGCUGCGUUCGCCUUAAUACCUGCGGCUUGUGGUUGUUGGAACGAGUGAAAGAAAGGCCAUGUUCCGCGGCGGCGUCGGGAAAGAAGUGGCGGCGUUGCUCUUCCUUUUUUAUCACCUGGCCACGGCCCAAGGAGAAGCAGCGCCCUGCUACGAGUGCGACGACUUCAAGCAGCCAGCGGCCCACCCCACUUUCAACCCGGACGAAGAGAUCCGCUCGCACUGCAGCUACCCCUGCGAGUGCCCGGCCGAGUCGCCCCUGUGUCCCCAAGGAGUCUCGCUGAUCAGGGACGGAUGCGGCUGUUGUGCUGUCUGUGCACGUCAGGUAGACGAGGUGUGCGACGGAACAGCCCUCUGCGACGAGAGGAGGGGACUCGUCUGUCAGUACCCUUCUUCCGAGGCUCGUCAAGGCGUGUGUCAAGUGAUCAAAGGUUUGCCGUGCAGUGUGGACAACAAAACUUUUGACAACGGCGAAACUUUCAUGUUGGACUGCAGGACGCAGUGUUCUUGCCAGAACGGAACGUACGCCUGCUCCUCGCUUUGUCCUCAGGAGGCACUUUCGCCGGACUGCAACCACCCGCGGCUAGUGGAGGUACCAGGCCAGUGUUGUCGCGAGUGGAUGUGCGACAGCGUCGAAGCCCAGAGACCACCCGAAUGUGAGCACCAUUCUAGCGCUUGGAGCGAGUGUUCUGCGCCCGACUGUGGGCUUGGUGUUUCCAGAAGGGUUUCCAACAUCAACUCUCGCUGCGUUCCAGAAUCAGAAGGUCGCCUCUGUCAGAUCAGAUCGUGCGAACGUGAGCAGAAUGCCAAGGAGAAGGCGGAGCACGGUCACAAAAUAAGACGUGGCCACGAGUGCAAAGCGACGCAGAAGGUGCACCAGCCCGUGCGUUUGCGGGUGGGCCAGUGCUGGAGCCGCAAGCUGUUCUGGCCCAAGUUUUGCGGCGACUGCAGCGUCUCGUGCUGCUCGCCGCAGCUGAGCACCACCAAGCAGAUCGACUUCGUGUGUCCGCACGACGAGGCGGCCAGCGGAGCGCCCGGCCUGAUCGAGCAGGCGGCCAACCAGGUGACCGGACAGCUGUGGCACCGCAAGACGCAGCACCGACGGUGGAGCGACGCCGACGAGGAAGAGGUCGAGGCGGUCGAGGCCGAGGAGGCGGCUACCGCGGCCAACGCGACCACCACCGUGCGUCUCGCGGUGCAGUGGAUUCUUAAGUGCGCGUGUGCCAAUUCGCCGUGCCCGGAGCGACUGCACCGCGUGCACCGUACGGCUGCCCUGUUGCCUUGAGUGGAAAUUGUGUGCGAGAAUAAGAAAGGGUGAAUCGUCACGACCUAACAGCAGCAGUACUCCAGCGCCUUUCCAAACGCGCGGCAACGCAUCUCCUGACGAGGCUCAUUCCUGGCUUUAGGUUUGUUUAGAUUAUAUAUAAUGAAGACCUCCUCAAAUCUUUGUCAGUUCAAUAAUUUUUCUAUUCCAAAGGUUCCCUUUUGUGUAAUCGUAAUCUGAUCCAUUUUAAGGGGGAGUUUAGUUCCUACAAAUUAAAAGCACAUUUUCAGAGCAAAAGUUAUUUUAAUAUGUUUUGAAUUAAAAAUGAUUUUACUUUUAUAUGCGGCGAACUUUGAUAUCACACGAUAUUCAAAAACUCUAUACUAAUUCAUUUGUUUAAUUGUUGUAAAAAAUGUACAAAAUACUUGUUAUUGUUAACUAUGUAAAUGGGCAUCAAAUUUGAAAUUAAUUUUGAGGUGACUUUAAAGGUAGAGCCUUUUUAUAAAACACAAUUAUUCUUACUUGGAGGAGGCCAUGGUUAGUUUAAAAUAAAUAGAUAACCCCAGUCUUAAGCUUUGAGAUGUUUCUAACUAAACCAGGAAUCCACAUUGGCAUGCGUUGCUUGCGUCCAAUUGUCAGUAGUAAAAAAUCAAAGUCGGAGAAAACGCCUUUCUAGCUAUAUUACAACUUAGGCAGGAGUGUUGUCAAAAUGGGGCCAGCUCUCAAAUUUCCUAAUUUUCAUUAGAUUGCAAUUCAAAUUUACUUCAAAUGAUAUAUUAACAGAAUGGAGUUAGCCAAAUAAUUACGGCAUUUUAAAACUUUGUAGCUAAAAGAGGUGAUUUUUCUGCUGAUUUAUAGAUCGUGCUGCAAAAACGGCAAAAAGAGUUUACCUUGAAUAGCACUUGAUAAUGGCUGAUAAUAACGCAAAAGUGAUUAGAGAAAUCAUAUUUUUCUAUAGAAUCUAAAAUCAACCCAAGCAGCACUGUAUUCCUACUAUGAGUGUUGAUGCUAUAAAAGUUUAAAAAUGCAGUUGCUUUCUGUAAAAGGUCCGCAUAGAUACAUAAAAUACACGCAGAAAAUUCAAAUGAUGCGCUGCAGUUCAGGAAAAUUAACACACGCAACGCUGUAUUUAAAUGUUGAAUCACAUAACUGUGUGGAAAUGCUGAGCCAUAUUGCAGAAAGUGAGCGCUGCUACAGUAAAUCCUGAUUUAAAAUUGAAAUUACAAUGAGGGGGAAGAGCAUGUUCGCGCACAUAUCUGUUGUUGAGUGUGUUGUUACAUUAAACAUUGAACUGUGAGAAUACUUCACUUAUGAAAGAAAAUAAGCAUUACUUUCAAUGUAAAACAGUGUCUAUAAAAUUGCAAGGAUCUCGAGCACAGUUCCUUUUAUUGUAAAGCUGAAUCCAUAUCAGUAAAAAUUGCAAAACUCAGCAAAUCAUGUGUAAAUAAGAAACCAUCAUGUGUAAAUACAUAUUGCGAUCGGGCGAAUAAAAGUAGCGAGAACUGUUAGUGAGGAGGAGAGAGUGCCGGUUGCGAUUGCCAUGCAAAUUUGUCAGAAUUGAAAGCAGGUGCCACUCAAAGUGCCGCCAGAUCGCCAAUCCAAUUGUCGGCAGCCUCAGUGGAUAUUUGUGUUUUGCGUGUUGUCAGGCGAUUUGUUGGGUAAAAUAAACAUAUGGUGUUUUAUUGGAAAAUCA